AGGUAUAUAAUGAUGUACGACAUACCUUAUAACUGUUGUAAUUUCCUUUAGAAAAGUCGAGAAGUAUUUGUUUAAGACCUGAAGCCAAUCAUUAACCAUGCAUGUGAGGAGGAAAUAAAUAAGUUUAUUCAACAAUGAAAUAACUGUUUAUACACCACCAGGAGGAAAUAAAUAUGUUUAUUUACAAUCAAAUAACUGUUUAUACACCACAAAAUACUUCUUCAUCUGAAUAUAUAACAAAUACAAUUAUUAGAAAUGACCAUUUUACUGCUUCUGAUCAGUUUUUUAGGGAUCUCUUUUGUUCCAGCAGUUUGUCUAGAAAACCUUGCUCGAAAUUCGGCAUACAGAGGAGAACCAUCACAGAGUUCCAUAUAUGUCACCGGAUGGGCGACAGCUGACAAAGCCAUAGACGGACGUCUAGAGUUGGUUGGAGAUGAUCACUGUAGUUUCACACGGGAAUAUUUUGCUAAAACAGCUUGGUGGAAGUUAACUUUGGCCCAGUGGUCAAAUGUUGCAUAUCUGCAAAUUUUCUUCAGAAAAGCUACUCUAAAUCGUCAUAUAGGAUUCAGUGUGUUGACAUUUAAUGAGUCAUCAUAUAUACCACCAAACAUCAGAGGAUAAAGGGUGUAUACUCAGGACCCGUCUUUCUGUGUAGAACAAGUGAUGAAUGUGACUAUCAACAGGGUAACUAGAGGAAUAGCUCUAUUCAAUUCAAGGGACCCCAUGCUCAACACAAGCUGUGAAGGAUUUGAACCUUCAUUUGCUUCCAUCGAAAUUUGCGAAGUAAAAGUUAUGGGGUGUGGUUUUCAACAAUAUGGUGAAAACUGCACAUCCUGUCCACUUAAAUGUAUGAAUCAGGAGUGCGAUGCAUUUGAUGGAUCCUGUAAAUACGGGUGUAGUAACAAGUUAUUGAAAUCACCAGACUGUAUGGUUUGCAAGGCUGGUUAUUAUGGUCAUAAUUGUGAACAAGCUUGUGGUUAUUGUAAAUCUGGCACAGUGUGCGAUAACAAUACAGGAAUCUGUCGAAAAGGAUGUCAGAGCCACUGGAAUGGAUCGAAAUGUGAUGUGUGUGUAAAUGAAUUUUAUGGUCUCAACUGUACAGAGAAAUGUGGUCAUUGUAAAUCUGGAACAUACUGCAAUAAACUUACAGGAAUUUGUGAGGAAGGAUGUGAAGAUCAUUGGGAGGGUUCAACAUGCAAUGUGUGUAAAAAUGGAUUUUAUGGUGACAACUGUACAAAAACUUGCGGCCAUUGUAAACCAGGAACAUAUUGUCAUAAGGUGACGGGCAUUUGCCAAGAAGGAUGUGAUGAUCAUUGGAAUGGUUCACAAUGUAACGAGUGUAGAGCAGGCUUCUUUGGAAGAGGUUGUGAAAGGCCAUGUGGGAGUUGUAGAAAUGGCACAUUUUGUGACACGAUCACAGGCAAAUGUCCAGAGGGUUGUGAAGGUGAUUGGAUUGGAAUCAUUUGCUACGUAUUGUCAUCUUCCAGAGAUACAAAAACUGGUGAAGAAACAUCAAAUACUUCAUCUGUAGUCAUUUCCGUUUUAGCAACACUUCUUGUUGUAAUUGUUACAUACCUUGGGUUUAAAUUUGUGAAAAACAAAUGGAAAAAGUGGAAAAGUGGGACGAAUGUAUCAGACACUAUUUCAACAAAAUUUGUGGAAAACCCACAAUUAUAUGACAGGUACACAGGAGACCCAUGUAUAUCAAAAAAUCAAUUCUUCCAUUACCGAUUAUGAAGAAAUACAUAAAUACAGCAACAAGCAGCAAUGAAUUAUAAAAACAGAACAAUUUAGUUGUGCAAAGGAGCUAUAUUUUUUUCUGAAUUUAAUUCGAAGGAAGUAGGAAUAGGCCAAGACUUGACAAAUAAAACAUUCUUUUAAAUGCUUGUGUAAUACUCACUAUUGCAGUGAAAUACAAGUUGUAUUUACCGAUGCCCGAUCUACCCAUAAGUCCUUGCAAGAAAGCUAGGCCGACUAGGAUAACUCAGGUCAGGUCAUUGCCAUCAGAGAAGUGUAGCUUACUAAUAACUGUAUUUUAGUAGUGUGGAAGAGUGCGUAGAUCAGAGUGUGGUUGUUUGUGUGAAACUUUUAUUAAUAUUAUUAUUUUUUUUUUGUAAAUAAAUUUAUCAAAGUAAGAAGAUUGUGUGUGAUUUUUUGAAAUAAUCAGAUUGUUCUCGUGAUUGUGUGGAUACUCUUUAUGUUAUGAAAGUGAUAAAAUUGAAUUUGUGAAGGAGUAGAAUUCA